AUGACAACAAUUAAUCCACAGAAUGGCUCAGUCUCCGACCCUUUGAACUGGAAUUCAGCUGCAAAUUCACUCAAGGGUAGCCACUAUGAUGAAGUGAAAUGCAUGGUGGCAGAGUACAAGAAACCAGUGAUCUGUCUUGGUGGCGUGGAGACACUAACUAUAUCUAAGGUUGCUGCGGUUGCUAACAGUAACUCACAUGUUAAGGUUGAACUCUCAGAGUCUGCAAGAGCCGGUGUUGAAGCCAGCUGCCAGUGGAUCGCGGAAAACGUCGAAAAAGGCACUGCCAUCUAUGGUGUUACCACUGGCUUUGGUGCUGCCUCUCAUAGAAGAACUCAACAAGGCUUAGCUCUUCAAAAGGAGAUGGUUAGGUUUCUAAACUGCGCAAUAUUUGGGCGUGAAACUGAGUUGUCUCAUACAUUACCGCAGUCAGCAACAAGAGCAGCUAUGCUUGUGAGGGUGAAUACCCUUCUUCAAGGCUAUUCAGGCAUUAGAUUUGAAAUUUUAGAAGCUAUCACCAAACUCCUCAACAAUAAUGUCACACCAGUCUUGCCAUUACGCGGUACAGUUACCGCUUCCGGUGAUCUAAUUCCUCUGUCCUACAUCGCUGCUUUGCUGACUGGUAGGCGAAAUUCCAGAGCUGUUGGACCUUCAAAAGAGUCCCUUAAUGCCAAGGAAGCUUUCCAUUUAGCAGGUCUAGAUUCCGGGUUCUUUGAGUUGAAGCCGAAAGAAGGCCUCGCUCUUGUGAAUGGCACAGCCGUUGGAUCUGGUGUGGCUUCUACAGUGCUUUUUGAGGCAAACAUAUUAGCUUUGUUGUCGGUUGUUCUAUCUGCAGUUUUUACUGAAGUCAUGCAAGGGAAGCCGGAGUUUACACAUCAUCUUAUACACAAACUGAAGUUCCAUCCGGGUCAAAUCGAAGCUGCUGCUAUUAUGGAACACAUUUUAGAUGGAAGCUCUUAUAUCAAAAAUGCGAAACUGCAGCAGCCAGAUCCACUGCAGAAGCCUAAAAAAGAUCGCUACGCUCUUGUAACUUCUCCGCAGUGGCUCGGUCCACAAAUUGAAGUCAUCCGGUUUUCAACCAAAUCAAUAGAAAGGGAGAUUAAUUCAGUGAAUGACAAUCCUCUGAUUGAUGUCACAACGGAUAAGGCACUGAACGGUGGUAAUUUCCAAGGCACCCCAAUCGGAGUUUCGAUGGAUAACGUACGUCUAGCUAUUGCUUCAAUUGGAAAACUUGUCUUUGCGCAGUUUACUGAGCUAGUCAAUGACUUGUACAAUAACGGGUUGCCAUCAAAUCUUUCUGCGGGUAGAAACCCGAGUCUUGAUUAUGGUUUUAAGGCAUCUGAGGUGGCUAUGGCUGCUUAUUGUUCUGAACUUCAAUAUUUAGCAAAUCCUGUAACAAGCCAUGUGCAAAGUGCUGAGCAGCAUAACCAGGAUGUGAACUCUUUAGGGUUCAUUUCUGCUUGGAAAACUGUUGAAGCCAUUGAGUUAUUGAAGCUCAUGUCUUCCACAUAUUUGGUUGCACUCUGUCAAGCUAUUGACUUGAGGCAUUUGGAAGAAAAUUUUAAGAACACUAUCAGAAAUACUGUAAGCAGAGUUGCAAAGAAGACAUUAAUAGAUGACAAAGAAGAAAUUAAUCCAUUUAGAAACUGUGAGGAAAAUUUGCUCAAAGUGGUUGACAGAGAGUACGUUUUCUCCUACAUAGAUGAUCCCUUUAAUGUUACGUACCCGUUGCUGCAGAAACUGAAGCAAGUACUUUAUGAGCAGGCACAUGUCAGUGCCAUUAAUGAUAAGAAUGUGAGCAUGUUGAUAUUUGAGAAGAUUGGAGCUUUUGAGGAAGAAUUGAAGUCUCUGUUGCCAAAGGAAGUUGAAAGUGCAAGGGUGGCAUUUGAGAAUGGAAAUCCAGAAAUUCCAAACAGAAUUAAGGAAUGUAGGUCAUACCCAUUAUACAAGUUUGUGAGGGAAGAAUUAGGGAUAGGGUUGUUGUCAGGAGAAAAGGAUGUCACACCAGAUGAGGAAUUUGAGAAAGUGUUUACAGCAAUGUGUCAAGCAAAGAUUGUUGAUCCAGUUUUGGAAUGUCUUAGUGAUUGGAAAGGAGUUCCAAUUCCAAUAUAA